AUGGCCAGUGAAGAAUGGGAAAUUAUGAGGGGUACAUGGUAUUAUGAUGGCAGUUGGAUACCCUUGGAAACAGAACAUUCCAAAGUAAUAGAAAAGGUACAUCUUGAAUUAUUCCAAAAGGAAAGCAGCAAUCAAAAUAUCAUUACAUGUGAUACAAAUCCUUCUCAAUCUUAUAAAGUGUUACAUACUGAGCAAUUUUCCGAAUUUCACGUUGAUUGGCACUCGGUUAACGAUGUGACAUUAUAUAGCGAAUAUACACCUACUAAAUUAAUGCGUAGCGUUACAUCAAAGUUGGGUUUUGCUAAAACAACAGGCUAUCGAUUAAAAAGAGGCUAUAAAACGCGUACAAAUAUGGAGGACAAGCCACGUGAUAUCGACCAUUUAGUAUUUGUUGUUCAUGGAAUAGGACAAAAGCGAGAUACAGGGAAAAUUAUCCGCAAUACCACAUGUUUUAGAGAUUGCGUGGAUUGGCUUAAGCAAAAAUACUUUCCAAAUUCUAAACACAGAGUAGAAUUCUUUCCAGUUGAAUGGCGAUCAUCAUUAAAGUUAGAUGGAGAUAUAGUAGAUGCAAUUACACCUUACAGUGUAUUAAGCAUACGUCAUUUGCUUAAUACAUCAGCAAUGGAUAUUUUAUAUUAUACAAGUCCUCUAUAUGGUGCUGAAGUUCGAGCUGGAUUACAAAAAGAGUUAAAUAGUUUAUACUGUAUGUUUGCGAGUCGGCAUCCCGGUUGGCAAGGAAAGAUUUCAAUUUUAGCGCACUCUCUAGGAUGUGUGAUUGUAUAUGACAUAGUUACAGGUUGGAUAGGACCUGACACGCGACUCUCAUGUCCGCAGGCGCAAGAAGUUUUAUUGCAAGGAUUGCAAUUUCCUAUUGAAAAUUUGUUUUGCUUGGGUUCGCCGUUGUCCGUAUUUUUAGCUCUGCGCACUCGUACUCCAUCCAACAGAUUAGAUGUGAUGCCGCAAAGUUUAUGUAAAAGAUUCUAUAACAUAUUUCACUGGUCCGACCCAGUGGCUUAUAGAAUGGAACCGCUUUUGGAGAGAGGUUACAGUAAAAUCGAGCCAGUUCUAAUACCACCAUACGGAGGAAUUGAUGGUCAGCAAAUACCACAAUCGCCUUCAUCACUGAAUAACGUUGAUCCGACUCUACCGCCAACAGAAAAUGAUGAUAAAGAUGAUAGUCCAGUGGAUAGUCCACCCAAUCGUAAUGCAGAGAAGAGCUGGAGUCUUUGGGAUUUAGUACGAGGUGGUUGGAACAUUAGAGAAGGUCCAUCUUCGCCAACACCAGAUUCAAAUCCACCAAUCCGUCCAGGUCAAGAAUUAGCACAACGAUUGGAUUAUGUGCUUCGUGCGGUUGGCUUAGGAAGAAAUUAUUUGUAUACUGUAACAGCACAUACGGCAUAUUGGAAUAACUACGAUGUAGCCUAUUUCGUAUUAACAAGACUUUUUCCAACGCUGGAAACUUGAUGGCGGUUUAAACAGUUUAAUGCAGAGUCCCAACAAUUUCUGCUAAGAUGCUCUAGUCCAUUGUAGGCCUUCUCUAGAACGUGAUAUCGCAAAUAGGUCUGCUACCAAAACAAUCUGUGAUAACGGAAAAAUGAUACAAUAAUGUUGCGAAUUCUAUGAAAACCGAUCAUUUUAUAUAAUUGUAUAAUUUAGUAAUCGCUCUGCAUCAAGUUACAUGAGACGAACGUUGUCUUUACUCGUUUUGGAAAAUAAUUGUUUGUACUAAAAUUAGGUAAUUGAUAUUUGUACAUAACAUAAUAAAUUCUGUAUCAUACAGAAGUGCA